GCUUAUAACCAGUGCAUCCUCCUCUUUUAAAACCCUUUAGUUCUAUUAGUUUUUUUAAAAUUCAUUCAGGGGAUAAGGGUGUCACUGCUUAGGCCAGCAUUUAAUACCCAUCCCUAAUUGCAAUUAAGAGUCAACCACAUUACUGUCUAUCUGGAAUCACAUGUAGGCCAGGCCAGGCCAGGCCUGAUGAAUAUCAUGACUAUACGAAGAAGAUUUUGCAAAAUGAAAUCAUUUAAUAUCAAUAAAAGCUACAAGGAUACCUUACAUUGAAAGAAGAUAUUUUUGUUCUGUACUUUUGUACCAAUGUCUGUCAACAAACUGAGAAAAGUUACACAACUGCUGCAGUUUUCAUAAACAUCAUGUCUCAGAAUAUUGACAGUUCUUAUAAAACUAGUUCAAGUUUAAUGGGAACCCAAUGCAAAGACAUUUUCUUAGAUUUACAGACUGCAAAAUUUGAAAAUCGAUGCUGUGGUCCCAGAUCAAUUCAGGACCUUUCAAGUGUUGCAGAUAAUAUAGAUGUUCCUUUAGGUCCAUCCUCACCAAUUAUACAUUUGAGAUCACUGGUACAUAACAAAAAUCUAUUGAAAUAUAUGAAUGAUGAUAGACUUAAGCAGUCACCUUUCUGUGACUUAAUUAUCAUGGUAGAAGGAAAGCAUUUUUGUGCCCAUAAGGUGGUUGUUGCAGUGGGAAGCAGUUAUUUCUAUGCUUGUUUAAGCAAAAACCCGAACAUGGAUAGUAUCCAGUUGGAUCAUGUGAGUUACUAUGUUUUCCACCACUUGUUGGAGUUCCUGUAUACGUCUGAAUUCUUCAUACAGGAAAAUGACAUUCCAUCAGUUUUGGAAGCAGCGCAGUUUCUAGACAUUAUAGAUGCUGUUAAAUUGUUGUCUGGUAAUGAAAAUGUCUCCAGGUCAACCCAAUCAGAACUGUUCACUGAAAAUAAUCAGUGUUUGGAAGAAAAGAAUUCCCUUGAACCUGCUCCCAAAUUACAAAAUGUAUGUACCUUCUGCAGUAAAAGUUUCUGUUAUAAAAAAUCCUUAGAAAACCAUAUUGCUAAAGCUCACACUGACCAUUCGCACGUGCAAGAAGAAAGUGCUGAUCCGACAAAGUUGGAACGUUCCACAAGGAGAUGGUCAACUCGGUCUCGUAAGUGUCCAGCAAAAUUUGAAUGUAAAAGUAACAAUGAAGUCACAGAUGUCUCUGAAGAUGAGUCUUCCAGUAAAAAUGGGAGUGACACAGAGAAACGUGAUGAUUGUGAAGCUAUUGAAAGUGAAGAUGAAAUGGAAGGAAUUGAAGUAAAAUUUAAGGAAGAAAUGGAAAAGGAGGAAGAAAUUGAAGGCGAGGAGGAGAAUGAAGAAGAAACUGAUGAGGAUGAGCCUCUGGAUGCAGAUGAAAUUGAACAAAAUAUUCCCAAGCAAUUAGAUCCAGUCAUAUCGCAGGCUGGCAGCAAGAAAACACUUCACUGUCCCAAAUGUGAUAAAACUUUUGAUCGAAUAGGAAAAUAUGAAUGCCACACUCGUGUACAUACUGGAGAAAAACCUUUUGAGUGUGAUAUUUGUAGUCAGCGUUACUCCACAAAAUCCAACUUAACUGCACAUAGAAAGAAACAUAAUGCACAAGUUGCUGUUCAAAGAAAAGAACAAAAAUGUCCAUUCUGUAACAAGCUACAUGCCAGCAAAAAAACGUUAGCAAAGCAUGUGAGAAGGUUUCAUCCAGCUAAUGUGCAAGAAUUUUUUGCUGCCAAAAAGAAGAAGAGUGAAGCCUGGAAGUGCGAUGUGUGUAACAAAACCUUCACAAGGAGACCUCAUCUUGAGGAGCACAGGAUCCUUCACACACAAGACAAACCAUUCAAAUGUAGUUAUUGUGAAGAACAUUUCAAAUCCAGAUUUGCAAGACUUAAACAUCAGGAAAAGUUUCAUUUGGGGCCAUUUCCGUGUGAUAUUUGUGGUCGCCAGUUUAACGACACUGGGAACCUUAAGCGUCACAUUGAAUGCACUCAUGGAGGAAAAAGAAAGUGGACUUGCUUUAUCUGUGGGAAGUCAGUGAGGGAAAGAACUACAUUAAAAGAACACCUUCGUAUCCAUAGUGGGGAAAAGCCACAUUUGUGCAGCAUUUGUGGACAGAGUUUCCGUCAUGGUAGCUCAUACAGACUACAUCUCCGCGUACACCAUGAUGACAAGCGAUAUGAAUGCGAAGAAUGUGGGAAAACCUUUAUUCGUCAUGAUCAUCUCACGAAACACCGAAAGACCCAUUCAGGAGAAAAAGCCCAUCAAUGUGAAGAAUGUGGAAAGUGUUUUGGCCGUCGGGAUCAUCUCAGUGUUCACUACAGAAGUGUCCAUUUGGGAGAAAAAGUCUGGCAGAAGUACAAAGCUACUCUUCAUCAAUGUGAAGUUUGCAAAAAAGAAUUCAAAGGGAAGUCAAGCUUGGAUAUGCAUUUUAGGACACAUUCAGGUGAAAAGCCCUAUAAAUGCCCAGUUUGUAACCAAGCGUUUCGAAUUAAGAAGACAUUAACAAAACACAUGGUUAUUCAUUCAGAUGCUCGUCCCUUCAACUGUCAUCAUUGCAAUGCAACAUUCAAAAGGAAAGACAAGCUAAAGUAUCAUAUGGAUCAUGUUCACACCACUAAAUCUCCAGAACAGUCAAUUGUGACUGCUUCUGAAGUGAAAAUGGUAUCCCAGCAGUUGUUAUUUACACAAGAUAGCAAAAUGUAUGAAACUAAUGCAAAAUCAUACUUGGAUCAAAAUAAGGUUUACCAAGGAGAUGGCAAAACGGCAAUUCAGAACGUUCAUGAAGAUGUGACCCUUGUGCCAGUACGGAUUGCUGAUAGUACUGUUCAGUCUGAUGCGGUCCAACACACUGCAACUUUGGCACCACAAUCUCAUACCCUUCUUCAUUCCCAACAGCCUCACCAGCAGACUGAUUAUCAAAGAGCAACAGAUCUUGCAUUUCUAGAGAAGUAUACCCUUACACCACAACCUGCCAACAUUGUGCAUCCUGUUCGUGCUGAUCAAAUUAUAGAUCCAAGAGAGCAAUCAUAUCUUGGGACUUUACUUGGACUUGAUACAGGUACACCAGUACAAAGUAUUUCCAAUGCAGGCCACUAAUAGCAGUGAACAGUUCACCCUCUGUCGAGGUGUUGUCUCCACAGAAAAGUAAAAGAAGAGCUUUUAUGCCAAAAUUAAUUUUGUAUUGAUUCCAAAUUAUGUAGUAACUUGGAACGCUUUCCUUUAGUUAUACACGUUUUGGUAUCCUGGGUAUGUGAUAAUGUAUUUUUAAAAAAAAACAAGUAUUUGUCAUGUUUACAUUUGCUUCAGGUCUUUCCAGUCUGAUUUCUGAGUGACAGUGCAAGGCUUGUAUUGUAUGUAACGGAAAUUAUGCUUCCGCGUGAUUAUUAGAUGACUUGAAUGAUUUUAAACAUUAACCUAUUCAAAUCCAAAGAUUAAUAUUGAAAAUUAAUAUUAAACUGAUCAUAUUUAUUGUUUGACCAUGUCUUCAUUCUUGGAGGUUGAAUAGUUGGUUCAGCAUUAGAUUCAGUUUUUUAAUCAUGGUUAUAUACUAAAUAAUAUCAAUUAUUCUAAAAUGUUACUUAAAAUCAAAAGGAUGCCUAAUUCCUUAACAAUUUAGUAAGGACAUAAGUUUCACUUGAGAAAAUAUCUUGCCUUCAGAUGCAUUCAUUGGAUGGCACAGUGGCUGAGUAGUUAGCACUGCUGCCUCACAGCACCAGUGACCUAGGUUUGAUUCCAGCUUCGGGUGACUCUGUAGAGUUUGCACAUUCUCCCUGUGUAUGUGUGGGUUUCCAUCAGGUUCGACCAGUUUCGUCCCACAAUCCAAAGAUGUGUGGGUUAGGUAAAAAAGAUAUGGUAAAUGUAGGGUUACAGGGGCUGUGUGAGCUGCUUUGAGGGUCUGUGCAGACUCUGGGCCAAAGGGCCUCUUUCUCCACUGUAGGGAUUCCAUGUAUCUGUAAUUUACUUCAGUGCCAUUGAAAACAAAAUGGAAAACUUUUCUUACACAAGUAUUUGGUAAAGUAUUGAAAUGACACUUUUUCUACUAUGAGAAACUGCUAGAUAACUAAAUAACUUGUAAAUGGGAAAUAAGAAAUUUCAGUAGUAAACUAGCUGGUAAUUAAAAAUAAACUAAAAUAUGAUGUCUCUAAAGCUGAUAUUUCAUACUGCACAAAAAAAACUAAUCUGCAAUUAGCAAAGAAGUAAAUUAUGUUGACAAGAAAUCCUACAGAUGAAUCCAUCAUAGCAGAAGCACUAAUAUUUUAGUUUAAAUAAUUAUAACUGUCACACUAAAAUGUGAAACAUUCACCUUUUUUUGAUUUUAUUUCACACAUCUUGAGUACUAGGCCCUUCCAACCUGCAGAGUAGAGGAUGGCUCAACAAAAUGUACAUGCCUAAAAUUUAUGUCUGUUGUAAUAGCACCUCACAAGCAGAUGCAUGAAAACCUGUUCUGUCCUUUUAUUAAUGGUCAAAAUUGCUCAUAUAUGCCACUGAAGUCUCUGAUUUGACUUCUUGCUAAUUAGUUUCUGGGUUACGAAAGGACCUUUUGAUUAAUAAAACCUGCUUACAAUCUGCACCAGUUGAGAACUGAUAUGGCAGGUGGAAGAAAGGAAGAAUAUUUUGGAGAUAUCCUGCAAGGAUUUUAAAUAUUGUUUGUCACUUGAUUGUAAUAUUUCAUAUUAAGAAAUAUUCUUAGUAUGUUUUCAGUCUUUAAAAGAAUAUAAUUUCCUUAUGAAUGCUAUGUACUUAACCUUGUAAAACUUUUCAUGAUCAUUUGACAGUUUUCCUGGUUUUCAUUACCACACCUACAUCCUCCUCGCUUAAAACAGUUGAGGCACAUUGAUGAAGUCAGUUCAAGGUAUUACCCAAGAAAAUAUUUGUUCCCUGUUAUCAAGUGGGUUUUUAGUCUGUUUCAGAGUUAUUUCCUCUUAUUUGCCUUUUCUGAACUUCAGUAAUUCAGCAGAAACUGAGGAUGAACAAUACUCUCUUUAUCCAUCAUUUCUGUCAUUGCUGAGCACGUGUUCUAUACUUGUUCCUUUCUCAAACUUGAAGGCCAAAGGGGUGACUGACACCAGAGACAUCUAGUGCAUGAAUAACUGGCAAACAUUCAGCACAUCAUGUGCAGGAUUCAAAAGUAGAGAUCAAUAUAUAUGCAACAAAUUUUCAAAUGACUUGUUAAAACAUUUAACUUUCUCAAAAAACUAUAUUUGCUUCACAUCCAGUACUGGCUUUCAUAACUCUUGCUGACAACAGGGGGGAAAAAAUGGAUUUUCAAAUGAUAACACAUUAAUAUGUUUACAAAUUGUGAAAUAAAUGUAAAGAUGCAAAUACUUAAAAUAUCUUGCAGAUAUUCCAGAGUUUUUCCAAUUGAAAAGCAUACCAGACAAUAGUUUCAAUUGUAAAGUUACCUGUUGUAACUUAUUGCUAAAUUGAACUGAAUCUAACCAACCUCUGAAUUUCAAAACCAAUGCAAUGUUUUAAAUUUCCUUGCUUAAUAAAGAUGUUUUAAGAAUGAAAUUAGGAAAUACUGAAAACUAUUGUGGAAAUAAAACAAAUAUUUUAGAUAAUGAGACAUAGUGUCUUAAGAAUGCAUGCACGAUGCACUUUAAAAAAAACGCAAUUCUCUGAAUAAAAUUGUAUUUGCAUAUAGGAAAUAUGUCUUGAAGAAAUAAUGACUGGAAUAUUGCAUGCAGUGGCAGGGCUUGCCACAGACGUUGAACAAAUGUCUGCAUAUUAUGCAAUUCUAGUGGCAAAAGUUUCAGUGGCCUUGAAGGAUUUUUUCUGUCCCUGGGUUGCAGUGAGAUUCAACAGCGCAGGCAUGUUGGGGCGAUAACAGCAGGCAGGGGGACUGCACAGUUUAGUUAUUGCACCUCAGAAACAAGAGAAGACUGCUGCAAUAAAAAGAAGAUACUGUAAAUUCAGCUUUUUAUUGCACAUUUGUUUUCCCAAAAUGAAAUACGUAAACACUCAAAUAUAUUAAAUCAGAUAUUAAAGAGUGUUUAAAUGAUGUGAAAUUUAACUAAAGGACAACACUACCUUUUGACAAGAUAUAUCAAAUAUUUUAAAAGAUUUCAUAUAAAAUAUUUCCAUUUUAACUUAAGUAUUUGCAAAUUUGAGUGCUCCCAUCUGAAUUUGCUAUUAAUGAGCAAUCAGCCCAAUAUCCACAUGGGGCCCUUGGCAUUUGAAGUAGCUGACCCUCAGGAGUAAUGAAUUUAUGCAGUCUAGUUCACGUGUGCACUGCAGAAGUUGGUGGCCUAUAUGAAGUCGAGACACUGCAAAACCCAGUUAAUAAAUUAUGCUGUAUUUUAAAGGAAAAUUUAAAUAUUAAUUAAAAUUUACAAAUAUUUGUGUUCACUCAUGGUAUUUGUUAGGAAAGCUAGCAGGAAGGAUUUCAGAAAUAGACACUUUGUUUAGAACCUGAUUUUGUGUAUUUUGUCAGGGACCAGAUAUUUUUCAUUUUUGACCUAUUAGCAGAAAUGGAAACUGGAUUGUUAUAUAGCUGAAACACUACAAAAGUUGUGCAAAUUAGAAUAAUCAAGUGGUGCAUAUUUUUGACUGUACAAGACAUAGUCAAUUUUAGAAGCAUUGAGAUGGACACUUCAAGACAGCGCCAUUAUUCUUUGAUUUGAGGAACGACUAUAUGAUAUCCCCUGUAUUGGGUGUGCUGCUGAUACAAAUUUGUUUGAUACAAUUCUGUAGCUGCAGGGCAGCCAGAGACAUUGAGGCUGUGAACUGAAAGCAUCUCUCUCUUCUCUGUCACCACCCCACCCCUCCCAUUGCAAGUGACUGGAAAAACAAGAAUACCAAAGGAGUUUAAAGGAGGGAAUUAUAAUAAAAGAUCAAGAUCCACUGGAUCAACUGUUGAAAUAAAGAACAACUAUUACAGACAACAGUGCGCUA